UGCCAUAAUAGUCUACAGAUAUAUUUAGAAAAAUUUCUUGGAUUUUUUUGGAUUUUUCUCAACAAACUUAAUCCCUUUCGAAAACUUGUAUUCAAUUCUGAUCUUCUGAAAAAAUUCAUUUUUUUUCUAUCUGAUAUAAAAAGAACCCACAAAAACGGAAGAUUCCAAUAAGAAUUCGAUUGAAAAUUCGGAUAUCUUGGAUUGUUUGUUCUCAUCAAGAUCGAGUUUUGACACAUUUGUGGUGAUUAAGACUCGAUUUUUUGAUCUGGUAUUUGACUAUUUCAUUCAGAAGGCUUUUUAAAUUGAAUUGAAUUUUAAUUUUUUCCCCAUGGGAAAUAGUUCGAAAAGUCUUGAUAAAUGGAGGGAGUAUUUCAGGAGUGCAAAUUCAGAUAUAUUUGAUAUAAUUGAGCAUUCAAUCAUGGUUGCAGCCUCUGAUUGUCCCAAUGACUUCAAAUUGAAAAGGGAUCGAAUUGCAGAAAUGCUUUUCACAUGUAAAGUGACAAAGUGUUUUGGUUGUGACAAAAUUGAAUUAUCAGUUCCAAAUGAUGACGAUGUUGAGAAAAUCGACGAAAAGUGCAAAAGUGGGAUUGAGGCUGGAGGGAGUAAAGAUACUAAAGAAAGCAAGGUGAAUUGCAGUAGAAAUGAUGAUAAUAGGGAGAUGACGGAGAUGAAUUUGAAUCAGGUUAGCAAUUACAGUUAUGGAGAAGCUGAGGCAUUGACAGAUGAAAUUGAGGAGGAGUCUCAAUUGUUUGAAGAAGUCUUAAGGAUCAAAGAUAUUCUUGACAAUAGUGAGGACGAGUCUGAUUCAUUAUUAUUUGACUCACUGAGGAAGCUUCAACUGAUGCCUUUGUCUGUGGAGACUCUGAAGGCUACAGAGAUUGGAAAAUCUGUCAAUGCUUUGCGGAAGCAUGGAUCAAAGGAGAUACGGAAUCUUGUACGGAUAUUAAUCGAAGAUUGGAAGGUCAUGGUUGAUGAAUUGGCUGCUGCUACGGCCGCUUUUGCAGCUGCAGAGGUUGCAACAGAAUCUGUGAAAACUUCUGUUGUUGAAGAAGAGGAAGGGCUUCCUUCUCCACCAAUGGAUGAAGGAGCGUUCUUUGCUACUCCUACAUCAAUGGAGCUGUCACAGUUCUUUGACGGCAUGGAUGAUGAUGGAAAUCCUCGAAACAGUGGGGAAUUCAACAAGAACCGUGAAAAUGGCAGAAAGCCAAGAACGGAGAAACCAAAUAUCCCGAAAAUGAAGCACCAGGUUACGUCUGAUUCGAGCACUCCUUCCCAGGACAGGAAGGCUGAACAAAAGAAGAAUCCAGAAGCUGUAAUGAAGAAACAAGCAUCUCUAAUUAAACCAAAUAAACCUCCAACUGGUGAAUCGGGGCCAGGAAGACCAAAACCGACUGGGGAACGGAGGGUUAAUAACGAGGUUAAGGUCCAACGGAAACCUGACAACAGCACGGUUCAGAGACGAUCAUUGGCUCCUCAACAAGAUAAACUAAGGUGUAGUAACGAUGAGUCUUCAGUUCGAGCAAAAUUAGAAGCGGCAAAGAGGAAACUCCAAGAACGAUAUCAAGAAGCAGAGAAUGCCAAGAAGCAGCGGACGGUACAGCUUGUGGGUUUGCAGGAUCUCCCAAAGCAAGAUCUUCCUCGGAAAAAUCAGCAAACAAGGCCCGGCAACAACAACAACAAUAAUAGGCAUUGGGCAAAUGGACGUCGCUAGAUACCUCUACUUACUUAAUUAGUUAUAUUCAUGCUUCGAGCUUUCACAAGUUGACCUAGAGGUGGAAAAUGCUCGUGAAUUCUCCAUUUAUUUUGUCCGAAGCUGCAUUCUAUUGAUUUUCAAGAAAAGAAGCAGCCGUAAAAUCGGGAGCGAUGAGCUCGUUUAAACUACUACAUCUAGCAUAGGGGGUUUUAGUUACCUGUCCUGUGAAUUUUAUUAUGUAGAGGAAGGUCUUGACAACAUUCUUUUCCCUAUUACUGUGACUAUUGGGACACAAUUUGCACACAAAUAAUUAUGUGCAUUUCUGUACAAACCAAUCCAAAUAAAGCAAAAGAAAAGUUUAGCAUUUCAAA